GGGCGCGGGCGGCGGCGCCGGCAGGAAGGAGGACUGGAAUGAAAUUGAUCCAGGUAAAAAGAAAGACCUUCAUCACAGCAAUGGGGAUGAGAAACCACAGAGCAUGGAGACCCUCCCUCCAGGUAAAGUCCGGUGGCGGGACUUCAACCAGGAAGCUUAUGUUGGCGGGACAAUGGUCCGCUCUGGACAGGACCCCUACGCCCGCAACAAGUUCAACCAAGUCGAAAGCGACAAGCUGCGGAUGGACCGAGCCAUCCCCGACACCAGACACGACCAGUGUCAGCGGAAGCAGUGGCGGGUGGACCUGCCGGCUACCAGUGUGGUGAUCACGUUUCACAACGAAGCCAGAUCGGCUUUGCUGAGGACAGUGGUCAGUGUGCUCAAGAAAAGCCCACCCCACCUCAUCAAAGAAAUCAUCUUGGUGGACGACUACAGCAAUGACCCUGAGGAUGGGGCUCUCUUGGGGAAAAUCGAGAAAGUGCGAGUUCUCAGAAAUGAUCGGCGAGAAGGCCUGAUGCGCUCACGGGUCCGGGGGGCCGACGCGGCCCAGGCCAAGGUCCUGACGUUCCUGGACAGCCACUGUGAGUGCAACGAGCAUUGGCUGGAGCCCCUCUUGGAGAGGGUGGCCGAGGACAGGACUCGGGUGGUGUCGCCCAUCAUCGAUGUCAUUAACAUGGACAACUUCCAGUACGUGGGGGCAUCUGCUGACUUAAAAGGCGGGUUCGACUGGAACUUGGUGUUCAAGUGGGAUUACAUGACACCUGAGCAGAGAAGGUCCCGGCAGGGGAACCCCGUUGCCCCCAUAAAAACCCCCAUGAUCGCUGGAGGGUUGUUCGUGAUGGAUAAGUUCUAUUUUGAAGAACUGGGGAAAUACGACAUGAUGAUGGAUGUCUGGGGAGGCGAAAACCUGGAGAUCUCGUUCCGCGUGUGGCAAUGCGGUGGCAGCCUGGAGAUCAUCCCCUGCAGCCGCGUGGGACAUGUGUUCCGGAAACAGCACCCCUACACCUUCCCCGGGGGCAGCGGCACUGUCUUUGCCCGCAACACCCGCCGGGCCGCAGAGGUGUGGAUGGACGAAUACAAAAAUUUCUACUACGCAGCAGUGCCUUCUGCCAGAAAUGUUCCUUAUGGAAACAUUCAGAGCCGACUGGAGCUUAGGAAGAAGCUGAGCUGCAAGCCUUUCAAAUGGUACCUUGAGAAUGUCUAUCCAGAAUUAAGGGUCCCCGAUCACCAGGACAUAGCUUUUGGGGCCUUGCAGCAGGGAACCAACUGUCUCGACACUUUGGGACAUUUCGCUGAUGGUGUUGUUGGAGUCUACGAAUGUCACAAUGCUGGGGGUAACCAGGAAUGGGCCUUGACGAAGGAGAAGUCAGUGAAGCACAUGGACCUGUGCCUGACCGUGGUGGAGCGGACGCCCGGCUCGCUGAUAAAGCUGCAGGGCUGCCGAGAGAAUGACAGCAGACAGAAAUGGGAGCAGAUCGAGGGCAACUCCAAGCUGCGGCACGUGGGCAGCAACCUUUGCCUGGACAGCCGCACGGCCAAGGCGGGAGGCCUGAGCGUGGAGGUCUGCGGCCCCGCCCUGUCCCAGCAGUGGAAGUUCUCGCUGAACCUGCAGCAGUAGGAGAGCCAGGAGCCCAGGCGUCCUUCUCCCGCACCAUCCGACUGAGUUUGAUGAUCACGUUCUUGAUUAUGUUUCUUAAACUUUCCGUGAAACUAUAUACCUCAGUAUUCCAUCAUGGUCUGAAAGUCGGAGAACUUCACGAGGCAUGGGGGGCCGGGUGGACCCCGCGGAGACAAGACAAGAGACUGCUCCUCCUCUCAUGGGACGCAGCCGGCAGCCCCCUCAGAGGCCACGACGCCCGCUUCCUUCCCAGCUUCCACUGAGCAGCACCCCCAGCAACAGCAUCGAAAGGGAGAGAGGGACCCCAGGAGGCCUGCGGGGGGAGGGAGGGAGGGAGGCCCGGGCAUGGCCGCCGUCUCACAGUGAGGAGAACUCUUUCCAGAUCUCCAUUUUUGAUCCCAUGGAAAUCACGUGUGGUUUCCGCAGAAUCGAAUCAUGUCACUUUGUCCGCAGGUUUACGUGUGUCCCCUCCCCACCUCUGUCCCCAACUGUCUUCCUCGCACAGACCCCCUCUUCCACAUGAUGUACUAGCUAUAUUUGAAUAUGAACUUUUCUAUGGUGGGACACUAAAUAUAAAUAUAUAUAUAAAGGAAGAAUGUACGGUCAGUUCCCUAUGGUUUCUGUAGGUCACCCUCAUCUUGUAAAUUCCCGCAAAGCAGCUGGCAGCCGAGCAGGGAGUGGACGCUUCCGGGUCAGGCUCUCCCAGGGGGCGGACAUGGCCUCCUCUGCCCGCUGGAGCCUCAUCUGUGAGUAGGUGCUACUGGGGCCAGCCGGGGUCUCGACAAGCUGGGGCUGGCCUUGCCCGGAACCCCCGGCUGCCACCCUCAGGCCUGGGCUUCUGCUCGGCGUCAGCGUGGGGAGUCACUGCUACGUGUUGGAAAUACACUGUCUGUGCCCUCGGUGUCUGCCCACCUGGCUGGGCUCCUUGUUUGGAAAUAUGUUGCUUUGGGUCUUUUUAAAUUCAGUUUCUUUUCUCUAAAGAAAACCAAUCCCACAGCUCCCAUGAGAGUAGGAAACCACUGGGCGCCUGGGGGCCGGCAGGGCAGACCCUGGGCCCUGGACCCUGGCCUGCCCUCCCAGGCCCAGGUGUCGGUCUCAGGGUCAAGAUAGGAAGGCUGGAAACCCACAGCAUCUGGUCAUUGCGGAUUCCGGGCAAGAAUCGGGAGCCGUGUGGCUCAGGAUGCAGGUGUCACUAGCAGCCGUGAGGCAGUUAAAAGCUAAAUAGAGUAACAGGAGGAGACACCUGGAUGUCCAUGGACAUCCCUGCAGAGCGGUGCCUCGGUCUUUCUUGCGGUCACUGCCCCCCUUUCUGCACUCCUCCCUCCCCCACCCCCAGCACACAGAGCCUCAAUCUCAGUGAGAGGCCCUGUGCUGCAUCAAAUGCACAUCUCCAGCCCUUUGGGAGGGCUGAGGUCACAGAGUGACAUGGCCUCAGAAGAUCUCGGGUGGACACUGCUGAGUGCUGCCUGCUCCUCUAGGGGCAAGGAGCUGCCCAGCUCACCCAUGUGGCCUCCAUGGCAGUGGGCUCCAGUCUGUGGUGUGGCUGGUGACAGGCCCGUCCUCGCCCUUCCUGCCCCUUGCCCAGGAAUCAGGUGCAUUUUCAGUGGACAGAAAGGCCACAGCCAGAGGGACUCUGCACGCUUCUGUCUUAGGGGCUGGUCUUGAGGACAAGUAGAUUCCAGGGAGAGCUUUCGGCCCCUGUGCAAGGCCGUCAUCACCGGGGUGGGCCUGGUCACGUGCAGGCACCCUCGGCCUGAGCGGGGGUCCCCUUGUCAGCCCCUGUCAUGUGCUGCUGUUGGAAAGAAAACAGUCCGGGGAUACAAGCAAAUUUGGCGUUGAUGUAACACAAAUUUUAACCUGGUUUUUGACGCACUCUUCGCCCACUCACCUCCACCCGGCUGGGAGUCUCACCGACCUUUGUAUGGUUGGGACAGGGCACCCACUUCUUGGGAGGCGACACCGUCCCCGAGCUGAGCGGGCAGUGGGCAGUGUGGGCCGGGGGAGCGGCGGCCCCCUCCAGGCGAGCUAUGUUUACAUGACACGGUGUGCCAAAGUGACUUGCUGUGGUUGCGUUGUUUUUUAGUCAUCGGGACGAUCCCAUCCUCCUGCUCCCGUUUUUACAAGAUGCUUUCCUAAGAGCCCUUUGAGCAAAGCGUGGCGAAGUGAGCUGUCUUCUCUGUGGUGGUCUUUUCUUAUGUCUUUAUCAUAAAAGCUACAAUGACAGUCUCUGUGAGUAUGUUUUGCAAAUUCAAAAUAGAGUUUGGUAAUUUUUUUUCCAGUUGAUUUUUAAAAAGAACUGCUGUACAGAGCUUGUACUUUGUCCAUUUUAUAGAUGGAAACCAUCCUUGAAAAUUGUUUAACUUAAAUA